CCUCCGUCGUCCAUGAGUCGCCUGGUUGCUAUCUCGAUGGCUGAUAGCAUUCCAUCGUAUCCCGGAGCUUCACUCUGCAAAGUCGCAUCAUUACGGUGCCGCCACGGAAUCAGGGUGCAGCAAACGCGUUCACAACGGCAAUGGGAGACACAAUCUGCGCCCGGCGUUGGCAGUAGCUCUCUGUUCACCCCGGACAGCUAGCUGUCACGGCUUGCCAGAACUACGGACGGGGGGUCUCGAACCAUUUCACGCGUGGUCCGAUGCGUUUUCUCUGGCUAUAAUGGUGAUGACAGGCCGUCGAGGAGGUGCGACAAACAACACGUAAUGCGAGCGUCGAGCGAGCAUGAUGCCGAGAUUGUCUCACUCGUCGGUGGUCUCGCGCGCCGAAUUCUGGACAUAUAUUUAUGCUUGCCAGGUUUUCGAGCAGGGUUAUGAUGCCCCCACCAUGAGGUCCACUAGGACCACUACCUUGCGCACCUAGUGAACUCUAUCAGGACGCGAGCUACUGGCAGCUGCUGAGCUCAUCAGACGAUCUCAACUUGGCUAACUGCAUUUGCGCUCCACAGGCAACACCUCCGCCCACCAGUCACCGCUCCAGCACCCCUCUCAACCACCACCACAACCACUGCAACAGCACCAGCAUCAUUCACAAGCUGCGUCCAUGUCCAUGCGACCGCCGUAUGAUGAUCACGAUCGUUCGAGACGGAGCUCGCUAGGCCAUGCUGGCAGCCCGCAGUAUGGGGGUCAAGCGCCGCCGCCGCCGCCGCCUUCUUAUCCUGCGCGCAAUAUGCCUCCGCCAUCUUCGCCCCAAAGUGCCCCUUCCUCUGCACAUUUGACAUCCGCGCCUCGCGGACCACCAACCGCCUCUCCAUUCGGCGGUAUACGCGAUCUGGCGAGCAAUCAUCACCGUCCUGGGAUGUCAAUAUCAGCAAUACUCGGCGGUGGUGGCGACGAACGAAGGCCGCCUGGCUCUCCACAUGGCUCUGUCCAUGGACCUUCCUCCACAUCGAGGUCGAUGCAGCCCCCAUCGCCAGGAAGAGCUAGAUCGUCGAGUAUGCGUGAAAGUGGUGAUCGUGAAACAAGGCGCACGAGCCCACCAAGGACUUUGGGGGGGCCUUCGCGCAUUGGCUCUGAACCACGACGAGAAAGGGGUUUCGAAUCGCCGCAAUUUCGACGUGAGCCCGCUCAUAAUUUUAGAGCAUAUCAGCCUCAAAUGCAAGAACAAUCACAGCACACAAAUGGAAACGGCGCACCCAUACGACCUAGUAGCCAACCCGCUGAAGCCGAUCGGUUGCGCGGCCUGGAGGAGGCGACGCAUCGUGAGAGUCUGUUUGGCAGUAGAGUGCCAGGACUUCGAUACAUGGGAGAAGCACCAUCGCCUGCUGCCAGUGAACCCCCCUUUAGGCACGAGCGUCCACAAUUCCACACUGGUGUUACCUCGCAUCCACAGGACAGGCCAGUGUUCAACAGCCCUCAGAUGGAACGAAACCGAAAUGCUCUAGCCCCAGUGCGAUAUGCACCACCGGGCGGAAUGUUUGGAGGAGCCCCUGCUCGUGAAGAUCCAAGCCCGCUGUUUCGAGCAGGGGGGUAUCCCAAUGUAUCGUAUCCUGCGGCAGAUGCUGCCAGAGAAUCGAUCGAAGGAAGGACCCAAGAGAUGCGCCGACAGCACACUCGAGCCUCGCCACCGCCUAAUGACUUGACCGCUUAUGACAGACCACGAACCGGACUUUUAGACCGACCUGUGACACUCGAGGACCAUCAGAGAAUAGAAACCUUGCAAAGAGACCAGCAGCGCAAAGAGAGCGACAGCUCCGUCCACAAAGCCAUACUGAACAUCAGUCCUGAGCUGAAUCGCCGAGGCCGCAAUUCCCCACUCCCGCAAGCUGUUCAGGGAGCACAGCCUAGACACGUUGGCCCAGGUGGCGACAACCCGGGCAUCAAGAUGGAAUUUGGUCGCAUGUUUUCCGGGCUGGGAUCCGGUGUCGGAAGCACUCCUAACCCCACCCACCCAGCCAAUGGAGUCAGUACGCCCUCCCGAAUGAGCCCCGCCAGCCGCCUUCUUGAUGGAGGCGAUCUCAGACGGAGCGUCGAGGUCGAUCCACACAAGGGGCGCGGAAAAGCUGGAUCUAGGCUGGGUAGGCGUAACAACGGCCGGCGUUCGAGAGACGAAAUAGAAGACGCGGAAGGGAGCAACGCCCCUGACGCCCAGCGCGGCAACAAGAGAACCAAGACCGGCACCCAGAAUCACCAUCAUCACCAUCAUGCGCAUCCGCAUCCGCAUCCGCAUCCGCAUCCGCAUCCGCAUGCGCAUCACCAUCACCACCAUCACGUCGAAGGCAGUGCACCUGGCAACGGUGCUAGCGUCUCACGGCAUCCCUCCAGUGCUCUCUCACAGCCCAACUUGGCGACCGGUCAAACGCAUCACCACCACCAUCAUCAUCCACAUCCCAUCGGACACCAUCACCAUCACCCCCCAAGGUCGGCUCCGGCCCCACGGAAGCCAACUAUGACCAUCAUCAACAAAAAGGUUCUGGACGAGGUUGCAGGCAGGCCUCGCAAGCAUCUGGGGACACACUUGUACACGACGGAACUAUCUCCUGCACCAGCGGCAGAUACCCCAUUAGAUGCGAAAAUUCGUUAUAGCAGCAAGAUGAAGCCGAUUCCAGUGAUGACGAGCCAGGAGAACUGUACUUAUACCAUCCGUGUUCCACGGUAUUACCUGACAUCUGGAGAAGGGGGUGCGGCGAUGAAUCACAGCCUAGAAGAGAUUUGCAAGAGACGUCAAAUCUGGGGUACUGAGAUCUACACUGAUGAUUCUGAUGUGAUCGCAGCAGCGAUACACUCUGGCUGGAUCAAGGGAGAUUUUGGAGAAUACAAUAACGACCUGCGUGAUAUCUGCGACAACGCCUGGGAGCAUGGCAGUGAAGGUGAAACACCGUUGUCAUUGGUCACUCGGCCCCAGCGACCAAUCAAGGCUCCAGAAGGAUACGAUGCACAUGUUACGCUCCUGAUACUGCCUCCUCUGGAAUUCUAUGCGGCCACCAGCCAGCACCACUUAGCAUCGCGAGAAUGGAAGAAGAAACAUGAUGGCAUGUCAUACAUGAUACACAGCAUCGAAUUCGUCGAUGAGGGGCCUUCGAACCGCUUCGUGGAACGCAGUGCUGCUGCCAGGAAGAACAGAAUUGCAGUCGAAGAGGCUGCUAGGAAGGAAGCUGCUGCUGGACUGUUGUUGUUUGCAAGCGGAGGCAGUAGCUCUGUCAGAGUUGGCGCUUGAUCCUACUUUGCCGCGGACAGUACAGGUAACAGUGUCUGCUGCUGCGCACGUAUUCAGCUAUACAGCAACUCUGUUUCCAGUUUCGACCUGUCUGAAGUCCCUGGUCAGGUAACCCUGCUAUACGUUAAAUCGACGACCUCGAUUUACCGCUCCACCCGAACUCUGACGCGCAGGCCACAAGCCUAGUACGUCUUUUGUCCGUGAAAGCAAGUUGCAGUUUCAGUUCUGCCGAUAGCAGAACAUAGCAGAACAUCCCGACGGCUUGUCUGGCACGAACAGUUCACGAAUCUGAAUAAAGCAUUCUGGACUCUAGAGGGUUCCAGUCCAUAGCAGGAGGAGAUGCGAUUGUACAGCGUGCUACGACGUGCCUUAUUGUAAGGAGAAAGAUGUACGAUCCAUGUAUUUGUAGAUGAAUUGUGGUAUAAAGCCCAAAUUUAC